AUGUACGAGGAUCCAUUACUUCGUGCUUUUAUUGCUGAAAUAAUGACAAAUUGUAAAAGUCUCGGUGAAUGUUUGAGAUUAAUUGGUGUGGCCUAUGAUCCUUUGGAGAUGUUGGCUCAGGGUCUCUCCCGUCCCAUGACCAUUUAUGGAAGAGCUGCCGGUAGGAUGAAAGCGGUUGAUAUGAGGAACAGAUGCUCUGUGGCUCUUGACAGCGUUAAUUAUUGCAAAAAUCGUUAUACAGAUGUCAUACCAUUUGACAAAAACAGGGUGGUUCUGAACCCAUGUAAGGAUUAUCGAUCAUCAGCGAGGGGAUAUAUCAAUGCAAGCUUUAUCACGACUUCUGAAAGCGUUUCUCAGUUUAUAGCCACACAAGGUCCAUUGCCACACACAUUUGAAGACUUCUGGGAAAUGAUAAUUCAGAAUCGCUGCCCGGUUAUCGUAAUGCUUACUCGGUUGAUCGACAAUUACAAGGUACUCAACUGCAUAGAAUUCAAGGUAAUUUUUGUAGUUUUCUCUGAUGUGCAUAAUUUUUGUGGUUUCCAUCAUAAGAACCAGCAGUAUUUGUACUUUAUUACCUCAUCUUUUCUACGGUUUGACAAGAAGACUUAUUUUACCAAGUGUUAUCACAAAACACAAUGGCAAUUCUCAUAA